GACGUCGAAGACACAUACCCCCCCCUCUCCAGCAUCUUUUGCUACAGGACUCGUCUUCUCCCCGUUUCCCCGCCACGCACCCGUCCCCAGUUGCUCCAGCCCUCCGAUGCUGACACACACUCCUCCUCCGGGCGGCGAGCACAGGGGCGUGAGCGCAGGGGUUUUUGAGUGACACAUGCUGCGGUAGUCUCCCGCUGUAUGGCCGUGGAUUAGCUAUAUGCUAAUUUCGACAGGAGAAGGCAGCCAGCGGAGUCUGAACAGGCUCCUUUGCAGCCAUGGCUGAAGGUGGAGAAGGAGAGGAUGAGAUCCAGUUCCUCAGAACUGAUGAUGAAGUGGUGCUCCAGUGUGUGGCUUGCAUCCAGAAGGAGAAUCGCAAGUUCUGCUUGGCUGCCGAGGGGCUCGGCAAUCGACUGUGUUACCUGGAGCCCACAUCUGAGGCAAAGUAUGUUCCCCCAGACCUUUGCAUCUGCACCUUUGUGCUGGAACAGUCCCUGUCAGUGCGAGCCCUGCAGGAGAUGCUGGCUAAGAGCGGACAGAACAGCGAAGGGGCAGCGCAGAGUGGCGGACACAAGACUCUGCUGUACGGACACGCCAUCCUCCUGCGGCAUUCCUUCAGCUCUAUGUACCUGGCCUGUUUGAAGACAUCAAGGUCACAGACAGAUAAGCUUUCCUUUGAUGUCGGCCUGCAGGAGGAUUCAACAGGUGAGGCUUGCUGGUGGACAAUCCAUCCAGCCUCCAAGCAGAGAUCAGAGGGAGAGAAAGUACGCAUCGGCGAUGACCUCAUCCUCGUCAGCGUGUCCUCAGAGCGAUACCUUCAUUUAUCCAUCUCAAGUGGCAACAUCCAGGUGGAUGCUUCCUUCAUGCAGACUCUGUGGAACGUCCAUCCCAUCUGCUCUGGUAGCAACAUAGAAGAAGGCUACCUGUUAGGUGGUCACGUGAUGCGGCUGUUCCACGGACACGACGAGGUUGUUACAAUCCCGGGAUCAGACCAGAGUGAAGAGCAGCAGAGGAUAGUCAACUAUGAGACGGGUAAAGCUGGUGCCAAGGCGAGGUCCUUGUGGAGGCUGGAGCCACUCCGAAUCAGCUGGAGCGGGAGCCACAUCCGCUGGGGUCAGCCCUUCCGGCUACGGCACCUGACCACCGGUCACUACCUGGCUCUAACGGAGGACAGGGGGCUGGUGCUUCAGGAUCGGGAGAGGUCUGACACCGUUGCAACGGCCUUCUGCUUCAGAGCCUCUAAGGAGAAGCUGGAGCAGAGCCCCAAGCGCGACAUCGAGGGAAUGGGAGUGGCUGAGAUUAAAUACGGGGACUCGAUCUGCUUCAUCAUGCACGUGGCCGCGGGUCUCUGGCUCUCGUACCAGGCGCCCGAUGUCAAAUCUGCUCGUCUGGGUCCCCUCAAGAGAAGAGCAUGCCUGCAUUCUGAAGGUCACAUGGAUGACGGAUUGACCCUCCAGCGCUGUCAGCACGAGGAGUCCCGCGCCGCGCGCAUCAUCCGCAACACCACGCUUCUCUUUAAGCGAUUCAUCAGAGACCUGGAUUGUCUGGGUGUUAAGAACAGGGCACUGGUCGCUCUGCCCGUGGAGGAGGUGCUCCAAACCCUUAAUGACCUCAUCACUUAUUUCCAGCUCCCCGAUGCCGAGCUGGAGCACGAAGAAAGGCAGAUCAAGCUGCGCUCGCUCAAAAACAGACAGAACCUCUUCAAGCAGGAAGGCAUGCUGACUCUGGUGUCCAACUGUAUCGACCGACUGAACGUCUAUAACAGCGCCGCACAUUUUGGGGAGUGCGCGGGCUCGGAGGCUGGAGCGGCCUGGAAAGACAUUCUCAACCUGCUGUAUGAGCUGCUGGCUGCGUUAAUCCGAGGAAACCGCAACAACUGCACACAGUUCUCCAACAACCUGGACUGGCUGGUGAGCAAGCUGGAGAGACUGGAGUCCUCUUCAGGGAUUCUGGAAGUUCUGCACUGCAUUUUAAUCGAGAGCCCCGAGGCGCUCAAUAUCAUCCAGAAAGGACACAUUAAAUCCAUCAUAUCGCUGCUGUACAAGCAUGGACGCAACCACAAGAUACUAGAUGUGCUCUGUUCACUGUGUGUGUGUAAUGGCGUAGCUGUGCGAACCAAUCAGAACCUCAUCUGCGAUCACUUGCUGCCCAAGAGAGAUCUGCUGUUGCAAACCCAGCUGGUCAAUGAUGUCCAGAGCAUGAGACCGAACAUCUUCCUGGGCGUGAGUGAAGGCUCAGCUCAGUACAAGAAGUGGUACUAUGAACUCAUGAUCGACCAGGUGGACCACUUUGUGACCAGCGAGCCCUCCCACCUCAGAAUCGGCUGGGCGAACACAAAAGGCUAUGCACCCUACCCGGGAGGAGGAGAGGGCUGGGGUGGUAAUGGAGUUGGUGAUGAUCUCUACUCGUACGGCUUUGAUGGACUCCACCUCUGGUCAGGUCGUAUCCCGCGGGCGGUUGCGUCCAUGAACCAGCACAUUCUGACCUCAGAGGACGUGGUGAGCUGCUGCCUGGACCUUGGAGCCCCCAGCAUAUCCUUCAGGAUCAACGGACAGCCCGUCCAGGGCAUGUUUGAAAAUUUCAACACAGACGGACUCUUCUUCCCUGUUGUCAGUUUCUCUGCAGGUGUCAAGGUUCGUUUCCUGUUGGGCGGACGGCACGGUGACUUCAAGUUCCUGCCUCCAUCAAGCUACGCACCGUGUUAUGAGGCUCUGCUGCCAAAAGAGAAGAUGAAGGUGGAGCCGGUGAAAGAGUAUAAGAGAGAUGUGGACGGAGUUCGAGAUCUGCUGGGCACCACCCAGUUCAUGUCGCAGGCCUCCUUCAUCCCCACACCUGUGGAAACCAGCCAGAUUGUCAUGCCGCCUCAUUUGGAGAAGGUUCGGGACAAGCUGGCUGAAAAUAUCCAUGAGCUCUGGGGCAUGAAUAAGAUUGAGCUUGGCUGGUCUUAUGGCAAGAUAAGGGAUGAUAAUAAGCGGCAGCAUCCGUGCCUGGUGGAUUUCUCCAAGCUGCCGGAAACAGAAAAAAACUACAAUCUGCAGAUGUCAACGGAGACUCUGAAGACUCUGCUGGCCUUAGGCUGUCGUAUAGUUCACAUGAAUCCAAAUGCUGAGGACUCUCUCAAAAAGAUAAAGCUCCCUAAGAACUACAUGAUGUCCAAUGGUUAUAAGCCGUCCCCUCUGGACCUGUCCGAUAUCAAACUGACUCCGGGGCAGGAGCUGCUGGUGGACAAACUGGCAGAGAACGCUCACAAUGUGUGGGCCAAGGACCGGAUCAAACAGGGAUGGACAUACGGGAUUCAGCAGGAUCUUAAAAGUAAGCGUAACCCUCGCCUGGUUCCUUAUGCUCUGCUGGAUGAACGCACCAAGAAGUCGAACAGGGACAGCCUGCGGGAAGCUAUCCGCACUCUGAUUGGCUACGGGUACAACAUCGAGCCCUCGGACCAGGAAGGCGCAGGACAAGUCUCAGAGCGCCUCAGCAUUGAUAAGAUCCGCUUCUUUAGGGUAGAGAGAACGUACGCAGUGAAGACCGGGAAGUGGUACUUCGAAUUUGAGGCCGUUACCGGUGGAGACAUGAGAGUGGGCUGGGCCAGACCUGGGUGUAAGCCAGAUGUGGAGCUUGGCACAGAUGAGCUUGCGUUUGUCUUUGAUGGAUACAGGGGCCACUGCCUGAACAUGGGCAGCCGGCUGUUUGGGCGCUGUUGGCAUGCUGGGGAUGUGGUGGGCUGCAUGAUCAACAUGGAGGACAAGUCCAUGAUCUUCACUCUGAACGGGGAGAUCCUGAUCACCACCAAGGGCUCUGAACUCUGCUUCACGGACUUUGAAACUGAGGAUGGGUUUAUUCCAGUGUGUAGCCUCGGUCUGUCGCAGGUGGGUCGUAUGAACCUCGGGAAGGAUGCUAGCACCUUUAAGUACUACACCAUGUGCGGCUUGCAGGAGGGAUUCGAGCCAUUUGCCGUCAACAUGAAUCGAGAGGUCACGAUGUGGUUCAGCAAGCGUCUGCCUACUUUUGUCAACGUGCCGAAGGACCACAACCACAUUGCGGUAACCAGGAUCGACGGCACCAUCGACAGCCCUCCUUGUCUCAAAGUCACCCACAAGACGUUUGGGACACAGAACAGUAACGCAGACAUGGUGUUUUGUCGUCUGAGCAUGCCUGUGGAGUUCCACUCUGUUUUCAAGAUCAGCCCUGUGGUGGACAUGAACGGUGUUCAUGAGGAAGAAACCCUUAAAGUCAAACACAGAUAUCCACUGAGAUCUGUGAGGCACAGCGAUGAAAGUAGACGAGUGGACUACAGCAGCAUCACUACGUACUACCAUUCAGUGAGGGUCUUCGCAGGUCAGGACCCUGCCUGUGUGUGGGUUGGAUGGGUUACUCCUGACUACCAUUACCAUAGCAACAACUUCAACCUCAGCAAGAAUCGUACAGUGACUGUAACCCUGGGCGAUGAACGUGGGCGAGUCCACGAGAGCGUGAAGAGGAGUAACUGCUACAUGGUGUGGGGUGGUGAUGUCACCAGCACUUCCCACACCUCCGGUCGCAGCAAUGUGGAUCUGGAGAUCGGCUGUCUAAUAGAUUUGGCCACUGGCCUACUGACAUUCACCGUCAAUGGCAAAGAUAUCUCUACCUCCUACCAGGUGGAACCAAACACCAAGCUUUUCCCCGCUGUGUUUGUGCGACCCACCAGCCCCAGCCUCUUUCAGUUUGAACUGGCUAAAAUAAAGAACGCCAUGCCUCUGUCAUCAGCCAUCUUCAAGAGUGAGCAUAAGAACCCGGUUCCACAGUGUCCGCCCCGACUGGAUGUCCAGACCAUAAACGCCGUGCUGUGGAGCCGCAUGCCCAACAGUUUCCUCAAAGUGGAAACGGCCAGGGUUAAUGAGAGGCAUGGAUGGGUGGUUCAGUGCAUGGAGCCCCUGCAGAUGUUGGCAGUGCACAUACCUGAAGAGAACAGGUGCGUUGACGUCAUGGAGCUCUCGGAGCAGGAGGACAUGAAGAAGUUCCACUAUCACACCUUGAAACUGUACUGUGCCCUCUGCGCUCUGGGAAACACUCGUGUGGCCCACGCCCUUUGCAGCCACCUGGACCAAUCACAGCUCUUGUACACCAUCGACAAUCAGUACCUGUCUGGCAUGUUACGCGAGGGCUUCUACAAUGUUCUGAUUAGCACCCACCUGGAGACAGCCAAAGAGGCACGACUCAUGAUGAAAGAUGAGUUCGUCAUUCCUGUCACGGCCGAGACCCGCUCCAUUCGUCUCUUUUCUGAUGCUUCUAAAAAGCACCUCCCGCCCGGGGUGGGGCUUAGCACCUCCCUGAAACCACGCCUAAACUUUACCCCACCGUGCUUCAUCAGCACCAAACGGGAGCAUCUGUACAGUCCCCAAAUCCCACUGGAUGCACUGAAGGAGAAAGCGAUUUCGAUGUUGACAGAGGCUGUUCAAAGCGGAGGGCACCACAUCCGAGAUCCUGUCGGAGGAUGCGUGGAGCACCAGUUUGUUCCAAUCCUGAAGCUCAUUAGCACCUUGCUGACGAUGGGUGUGUUAGGAAGCGAGGACGUUCGUAAGAUUUUACUGCUCAUUGACCCGAGCGUCUUCAAGGAGGCAAGAGAGGAGGGAGCCACGGGGGCCACAGACAAAGAGGGACUAACAGGGGCAGAGGAAAAGGCGGUGGAAGCUGGAGAAGAAGAGGCAAUCAAAGAGGCUCAACAGCCAAUGGAAGGACUGCUGGAGAAGAGGCUGCCAGAGCCGGUUAAACGACAGAUGUGCGAGCUGCUUCACUAUUUCUGUGACUGCGAACUGAAGCACCGUAUCGAGGCCAUUGUGUCCUUUUCUGACAGCUUCGUGUCCAAGCUGCAGUACAACCAGAAGUUCCGCUACAAUGAGCUGAUGCUGGCCCUCAAUAUGUCUGCUGCUGUUACAGCAAAGAAGACCAAAGAGUUCAGAUCACCGCCUCAAGAACAGAUCAACAUGCUGCUGAACUUCAGUAUGGGAGAGGACUGCCCGUGCCCUGCAGACAUCCAGGAGGAACUCUAUGAUUUUCAUAAUCAGCUGCAGCUCCACUGUGGAAUCCCUAUGGAGGAAGAUGAAGACGAGCAGGAUACAUCGAUUAAAGGUCGCCUCCUUAUGCUGGUGAACAGGAUCAAAGGCCAGGCGCACAAAGCAGAGGAGCCCACGAGGAUGGAGCAAGCUGCACCCUCCAAUCUGAAAGAGCUUAUCUCUCAGACCAUGGUCAGCUGGUCCCAGGAGUGUCACAUCCAGGACCCUGAACUUGUUCGCAAAAUGUUCAGCCUGCUGAGGAGGCAGUACGACAGCGUUGGAGAGCUCCUCCGAGCCAUGAGGAAGACGUACACCAUCAGCGCUGCCUCGGUCCAGGACACCAUCAACCUCUUGGCCUCCCUGGGUCAGAUCAGGUCUCUGCUGUCAGUUCGAAUGGGAAAGGAGGAGGAAAAGCUCAUGAUUGAUGGACUGGGUGACAUUAUGAACAACAAGGUCUUCUACCAGCACCCGAACCUGAUGAGAAUACUGGGCAUGCACGAGACUGUCAUGGAGGUCAUGGUCAAUGUCCUCGGAGGAGACAAGUCCCAGGAAAUUGCCUUUCCCAAGAUGGUGGCCAGCUGUUGUCGCUUCCUGUGCUACUUCUGCCGGAUCAGCCGUCAGAAUCAGAAGGCCAUGUUUGACCACCUCAGUUACCUACUGGAGAACAGCAGCGUGGGCCUAGCUUCGCCAGCUAUGAGGGGCUCCACUCCGCUAGAUGUGGCUGCUUCCUCAGUGAUGGACAAUAACGGGCUGGCUCUGGCACUUGAAGAACCUGACCUGGACAAGGUGGUCACCUACUUGGCUGGCUGUGGUCUUCAGAGUUGUCCAAUGCUUCUGGCUAAAGGUUAUCCAGACAUUGGCUGGAACCCCAUUGAGGGAGAGCGCUAUCUGUCCUUCUUGCGGUUUGCUGUCUUUGUGAACGGCGAGAGUGUGGAGGAGAACUCGAGCGUUGUGGUGAAGCUGCUGAUCCGUCGUCCGGAGUGUUUCGGACCUGCUCUGAGAGGAGAGGGAGGGAACGGUCUCCUGGCUGCCAUGAAGGAAGCUAUUAAGAUCUCUGAGACGCCCGCUUUGGACCUCCCAGGCUCCGUCCAGGGAGUUAGCUCUGAUGUGUCUGGUGAUGGUGACGAUGAAGAGGAGGUGGUCCACAUGGGCAAUGCCAUCAUGUCGUUCUACUCUGCUCUCAUCGACCUGUUAGGACGUUGUGCCCCUGAGAUGCAUCUCAUCAACAAAGGGAAAGGCGAAGCUCUGCGCAUUCGUGCUAUCCUGCGCUCUCUGGUGCCUACUGAGGACCUCGUGGGAAUCAUUAGCAUACCGCUCAAAAUGCCCAUUACUAACAAAGAUGGGUCAGUGACAGAGCCGGACAUGUCGGCGAGCUUCUGUCCGGACCACAAGGCCCCCAUGGUGCUGUUUUUAGACAGAGUGUAUGGCGUGGAAGCCCAGAGCUUUCUGCUUCACCUGCUUGAAGUUGGCUUCCUCCCUGACCUGAGGGCUGCUACUUCUCUGGACACGGAGGGUCUGUGUACCACUGAGACAGCCCUGGCUAUGAACCGCUACAUCGGGUCAGCCAUGCUGCCCCUCCUCACCCGCUGCGCCCCUCUCUUCGCUGGCACCGAGCACUACGCCACCCUCAUAGACUCCACCUUGCACACCAUCUACCGCCUGUCCAAAGGCCGAUCGCUGACCAAGGCGCAGAGAGAUGCGAUAGAGGAGUGUUUGCUGUCUGUUUGCAAGCACCUUCGUCCCUCCAUGCUGCAGCAGCUCCUGCGCCGCCUCGUCUUUGAUGUGCCCUUGUUGACUGAUUACUGCAAGAUGCCUCUAAGGCUGCUAACCAACCACUAUGAGCAAAACUGGAAGUACUACUGCCUCCCUUCAGGCUGGGGCAGCUUUGGAACAGCCUCUGAAGAUGAACUACUGCUUACCAAGAAGAUCUUCUGGGGAGUGUUUGACUCUUUGUCUCAGAGGAAGUACGACCCCGAGCUGUUCAAGAUGGCCAUGCCUUGUCUCAGUGCCAUAGCUGGAGCUUUGCCGCCAGACUAUGUGGAUGCCUCCAUUAGUACCACUGUGGAAAAGCCUGUUUCUGUGGAUGCUCAGGGCAACUUUGACCCCAAACCAAUCAAUACGGCUAACAUCGCUCUUCCAGAGAAACUUGAGCAUUUUGCCAACAAGUACGCCGAGCAUACCCAUGAGAAAUGGUCUGCAGAGAAGGUGCUGCUGGGGUGGAAAUAUGGAGACUGUGUUGAUGAGAAGGCGAAGACUCAUCCUCAGCUGAGGACCUACAAAGGCCUGACGGAGAAGGAGAAGGAUAUUUACAGAUGGCCUAUUAGAGAGUCCCUGAAGAGUAUGCUGGCAAUGGGGUGGAGUAUCGAUAGGACCAAAGAUGGAGAGAGCAUGUCUCAACAGAGGGAGACUGAGAAAAUGAGAAAGAUAUCUCAGGCCUCACAGGCUAACGGCUUCAAUCCGAGCCCAAUAGACACAAGCAACGUGGUUCUAUCCAGAGAGCUGCAAGGGAUGGUGGAGGUGGUGGCUGAAAAUUACCAUAACAUCUGGGCCAAGAAGAAGAAAAGUGACCUUGGAAGUCGAGGAGGGGGAACACAUCCUCUGUUGGUGCCCUACGACACGCUGACGGCCAAGGAGAAGGCCCGCGAUCGAGAGAAGGCUCAGGACCUUUUUCGCUUCCUGCUAAUCAAUGGAUAUAGCAUCACAAGAGGUCUGAAGGACUUGGAGCAGGAUUCCUCCUCCAUGGAGAAAAGGUUUGCCUACAAAUUCCUCAAGAAGCUGCUCAAAUAUGUUGACUCAGCCCAGGAAUUCAUUACCCACUUAGAAGCCAUGGCUGUCAGCGGCAAGACAGACAGGUCACCUCAUGAGCAAGAAAUCAAGUUUUUUGCCAAAGUGCUCCUCCCUCUGAUUGACCAGUACUUUAAGAACCACUCUCUCUACUUCCUGUCCUCCCCUAAUAAGAAUCUAAGCAGCAGCGGCUAUGCCUCCAACAAGGAGAAAGAAAUGGUCACCAGCCUCUUUUGUAAACUGGCAGCUCUUGUCAGACAUAGGAUUUCACUCUUUGGGAGUGACUCCACCACCAUGGUCAGCUGUCUGCAUAUCCUGGCACACACACUCGAUACCAGGACAGUGAUGAAGUCGGGCUCCGAGCAGGUGAGGGUGGGGCUGAGGACGUUCUUCGAGAACGGCGCAGAGGAUCUGGAGAAAACGUUCGAGAACCUGAAGCUGGGGAAGUUCACCCACUCCCGCUCGCAGAUGAAAGGAGUGUCGCAGAAUAUCAACUACACCACCGUAGCUCUGCUUCCCAUCCUAACUGCUCUGUUUGAACACAUUACUCAACACCACUUUGGAGUCGACCUGCUCCUGGAUGACGUCCAAGUGUCCUGCUAUCGAAUCCUGACCAGCCUCUAUGCUCUGGGCACUGGGAAAAACAUCUACGUAGAAAGACAGCUGCCAGCUCUCGGUCAGUGUCUGGCAACUCUGGCCGGCGCCUUGCCUGUUGCCUUCCUAGAGCCGCAGCUCAACCCGUACAACCCCUGCUCAGUUUUUAAUACGAAGAGUGCCAGAGAACGAGCCACUCUAGGAAUACAAGACUCAGUGGAAGAAAUGUGUCCUGGCAUGCCACGGCUGGACCGCCUCAUGAAGGACAUCAAUGACAUGGCAGAGUCUGGAGCGCGGUACACAGAGAUGCCCCAUGUGAUUGAGGUGGUGCUGCCCAUGCUGUGUAACUAUCUGUCCUACUGGUGGGAAAGGGGUCCUGAAAACCAGCCGGCCAGCGGAGGAAGCAUCUGCUGUACCACAGUCACCUCGGAGCACCUCAGUCUGAUUCUCGGCAACAUCCUCAAGAUCCUCAACAACAACCUGGGCAUCGAUGAGGCCUCGUGGAUGAAGAGAAUUGCAGUGUACGUACAGCCCAUCAUCAGCAAGGCCCGUGCAGACCUGCUGAAGAGCCACUUCCUGCCCACGCUGGAGAAACUAAAGAAGAAGACAGUGAAAGUGGUGGCUGAGGAAGAGCUCCUCAAGGCCGACUGUAAAGGAGACACUCAGGAGGCCGAGCUGCUCAUCCUGGACGAGUUUGCCGUACUCUGCAGGGACCUGUACGCGUUUUACCCUAUGCUCAUUCGUUAUGUGGACAACAACAGGUCAAGGUGGCUGAAAGAACCAGAUUCAGACUCCAACGACCUCUUCAGGAUGGUCGCAGAGAUAUUUAUCCUUUGGUGCAAGUCACAUCAUUGGUCUCAGCAAAAAGAAAAUAGUGUGCUCCACCUUUUAAAGACUAAACAUAUUAAAUGCGGAGAGCUGUUGGCUUUUAUUUUCUAGUGUGUGUGGUCUAAGAUUAACACUGUGAAUUCACAGUCUGGGGGACAAGAUCAGGAGAGGAAGCACAAGAAGCGGCGAGGUGAGUUCUACUCCAUCCAAACCUCACUGAUUGUAGCCGCCCUGAAGAAGAUGCUGCCUAUCGGUCUUAACAUGUGCACCCCGGGAGAUCAGGAGCUCAUCUCUCUGGCUAAGACACGCUACCUCAUGAAAGAUACAGAUGAUGAAGUUAAAGACCACAUUCGGCAGAACCUGCACCUUCGUGAAAAGUCUGAUGACCCUGCUGUGAGGUGGCAGCUCAACCUGUACAAGGACAUAGUGAUGAGGACUGAGGGGCUUUCAGACCCUGAGAAGGUGGUGGAUCGUAUCCAGAGGAUCUCUGCUGCCGUCUUUAACUUGGAGCAGGUGGAACAACCACUGAGAUCCAAAAAAUGUGUAUGGCAGAAGUUGCUGUCCAAGCAGAGGAAGCGCGCCGUUGUCGCCUGCUUCCGAAUGGCUCCGCUUUACAAUCUGCCGAGGCAUCGCUCUAUUAACCUCUUCCUCCUGGCCUAUCAGAGAAUAUGGAUAGAAACAGAAGAGUAUUCUUUUGAAGAGAAACUAGUGCAGGACCUUGCAAAAAUACAGCCUAAAGUGGAGGAAGAGGAGGAGGAGGAGGUGAGAAAGCAGCCAGACCCUCUUCACCAGCUCAUUCUGCAUUUCAGCCAUAACGCUCUGACUGAAUGCAGUUCUCUGGAAGAGGAUCCCUUGUAUAUUGCCUAUGCAGAUAUGAUGGCAAAGAGUUGUGCUGAAGGCGAAGAAGAGGAAGGAAGAGAGAAAACAUUUGAGGAAAAGGAAAUGGAGAAGCAAAAGAUGCUGUAUCAGCAGGCCAGACUUCAUGACAGAGGGGCUGCGGAGAUGGUGCUUCAAAUGGUCAGCGCCAGCAAAGGUCGACUGGGUGCUACGGUAACUGUCACGCUCAAGCUGGGCAUCUCCAUUCUCAAUGGAGGGAACAUCCUGGUUCAACAGAAAAUGCUGGAUUAUCUCAAGGAAAAAAGAGAUGUUGGCUUCUUUAAAAGCUUGUCCGGACUCAUGAUGUCAUGCAGCGUCCUGGACUUGAAUGCUUUUGAAAGGCAAAACAAAGCUGAAGGUCUGGGUAUGGUAACUGAAGAGGGAUCAAUCAACGUGAGUGAGCGGGGUUCCAAGGUACUGCAGAAUGAUGAAUUCACUAAGGAUCUUUUUAGGUUUCUGCAGCUUCUCUGCGAGGGACAUAACAAUGAUUUUCAAAACUUCCUAAGGACGCAGACAGGGAACACAACUACAGUCAACAUAAUCAUUAGUACUGUGGACUACCUACUAAGACUGCAGGAAUCUAUUAGUGAUUUCUACUGGUACUACUCUGGCAAGGAUGUCAUUGAUGAGGCCGGUCAGAGGAACUUCUCCAGAGCACUAGCAGUGGCCAAACAGGUGUUCAACUCUUUAACAGAGUAUAUACAGGGUCCGUGUAUAGGGAAUCAGCAGAGUCUGGCUCACAGCAGGCUGUGGGAUGCUGUGGUGGGCUUCUUGCAUGUUUUUGCCAAUAUGCAGAUGAAGUUAUCUCAGGACUCCAGUCAGAUUGAAUUACUAAAGGAGCUGCUGGACCUGCAGAAGGACAUGGUCGUCAUGAUGCUCUCGCUACUUGAAGGUAAUGUUGUGAAUGGAACUAUCGGCAAACAGAUGGUGGACACCUUGGUGGAAUCUUCCAGUAACGUGGAGAUGAUCCUGAAAUUUUUCGACAUGUUCCUCAAGUUGAAGGACUUGACUACUUCGGACAGUUUCAAGGAGUACGACCCCGAGAGCAAAGGCGUCAUCUCAAAGAAGGAUUUCCAGAAGUCCAUGGAGAACCAGAAGCAGUAUUCUCAGUCUGAGAUUGAGUUUCUUCUCUCCUGCGCCGAGGCUGACGAGAACGACAUGUUCAACUACGAGCAGUUUGUUGAGAGGUUUCACGAACCGGCAAAAGACAUCGGCUUUAACGUCGCCGUGUUGCUAACCAAUCUUUCAGAGCACAUGCCUCACGAUGCCCGCCUCUCAACUUUCCUGGACCUGGCCGAAAGCGUCCUCAGCUACUUCGAGCCUUACUUGGGCCGCAUUGAGAUCAUGGGCGGAGCCAAGCGCAUCGAGAGAGUGUACUUCGAGAUCAGCCAGUCGAGUCGCACGCAAUGGGAGAAGCCUCAGGUGAAAGAGUCGAAGCGGCAGUUCAUCUUUGACGUGGUCAACGAGGGCGGAGAGAGCGAGAAGAUGGAGCUGUUUGUAAACUUCUGCGAGGACACCAUCUUCGAGAUGCAGCUGGCCUCUCAGAUUUCAGAGCCAGACCCCGUUGAGCGCCCGGAGGAAGAAGAGGAUGACAUCCAGACCAUGAUGGAGAACCAGGAAGAGGAAGACGAGGAGAGCGCGAUGAUGGAGUCUUCCUCGGCAUUUACAAUCGCAUGCAUCUCCAUGAAAAAGAGCUUGUGUCACUUCCGCCAGCUGCUUACUCUUAAAAGCAUGCGGCGGCAAUUCAGGAAAUUCAGGAAGAUGAGUGUGAAGGAGAUGGUGCGGGGCUUCUUCUCCUUCUUUUGGAUGAUCAUCACAGGCCUCUUUCACUUUGUUUACAGCCUAAUUUGGGGAUUCUUCCACAUCUUGUGGACCACGAUGUUUGGGGGUGGCCUCGUUGAAGGGGCUAAGAACAUGAAGGUUACAGAUAUUUUGGGAAACAUGCCUGACCCCACUCAGUUCGGGAUCCAUGGAGACGUGUUAGAAACAGAAAAGAUGGAGGCAAGCGAAGCGUCAGCGUUGGCUGAGUUGGGUCAGAUGGCUCAAGGGGAAGCAGCAGAGGCAGAUCUGAUGGCUGAGCUACUCAACAUACAGCCGAAGAAGGAGGGCAAGCACGGGGCCGAGCCAGGUUUGGGGGAUGUGUCUGAGGUGGUGGUGGGAGAUGCCCCGUCAAUAGCCAGUGCAGUCAAGCAGAAGAAGGCACAGAUGGCUGCAAAGACGAGGGCUGUGAACGGAGACUACAGAUCUGAUACAGAGAAGGGAGAUUCAGAAGAUGGUGAGAAGAAGGACCACGACAAGACUAGAGACGAAGCUCCUCCAGAGCUGUCAGUGGAGGAGAAGAAAGCCCCGAAGAAAAGGCUCGGCUUGAAGAAAGAGGCACCGGAGGCUUUCAUGGCGAGCUUCUUCGCCGGCUUGGAAGUCUACCAGACUAAGAUGCUGAACUACCUGGCAAGAAAUUUCUACAAUCUCCGCUUCUUGGCACUUUUUGUUGCCUUUGCUAUCAACUUUAUUCUUCUCUUCUACAAAGUGACCGGUGAUUACUCGGAUGAUGAAGACCCCUGGAAGGGUCGAGGCAGAGCUGGGGAGGAGGAAGACGAGGGAGCGCUUGAGUAUUUCGUCUUGCAGGAGAGCACAGGUUACAUGGCACCAACACUUCGCUGUCUGGCAAUACUACACACCAUCAUAUCUUUCCUGUGUGUAGUGGGAUACUACUACCUGAAGGUGCCUUUGGUAGUGUUCAAACGGGAGAAGGAGAUCGCAAGGAAGUUGGAGUUUGCAGGCCUCUACAUCACCGAGCAGCCGUCUGAUGACGACAUUAAAGGACAGUGGGACAGACUGGUCAUCAACACUCCCUCCUUUCCCAACAACUACUGGGAUAAAUUUGUCAAGCGCAAAGUGAUAAAAAAGUAUGGAGACCUUUACGGAGCAGAGAGGAUAGCAGAGCUGCUGGGGUUGGACAAGAGUGCCCUGGAUUUCAACCCUACAGAGGAAACUGUUGCCAAGGAGGCUUCACUGGUGUCAUGGUUGAGCUCAAUCGAUACAAAGUACCAUGUCUGGAAAAUGGGGGUUGUGUUUACAGAUAAUUCAUUCUUGUAUCUAGUUUGGUACACCACCAUGUCCAUCCUGGGUCACUACAACAACUUCUUCUUUGCCGCCCAUCUGCUGGACAUUGCCAUGGGCUUCAAGACUCUCCGCACCAUCCUUUCAUCUGUCACGCACAAUGGCAAGCAGCUGGUGCUGACAGUGGGCCUGCUAGCUGUUGUGGUCUAUCUCUACACUGUGGUGGCCUUCAACUUCUUCAGGAAGUUUUACAACAAGAGUGAGGAUGAGGAUGAGCCGGACAUGAAGUGCGACGACAUGAUGACGUGCUACCUAUUCCACAUGUAUGUUGGGGUAAGAGCAGGAGGCGGGAUAGGGGAUGAGAUCGAGGACCCAGCUGGUGACCCCUAUGAGCUCUACCGCAUCCUGUUCGACAUCACGUUCUUCUUCUUUGUUAUUGUCAUCCUCUUGGCCAUCAUCCAGGGUUUGAUCAUUGAUGCCUUUGGAGAGUUAAGAGACCAACAGGAGCAGGUCAAAGAGGACAUGGAGACCAAAUGUUUCAUCUGUGGGAUCGGGAACGAUUACUUCGACACAACCCCGCACGGCUUUGAGACCCACACCUUACAAGAGCACAAUUUGGCCAACUAUCUGUUUUUCCUGAUGUACCUCAUCAACAAGGAUGAGACAGAGCACACUGGACAGGAGUCCUACGUGUGGAAGAUGUAUCAGGAGCGCUGCUGGGACUUUUUCCCAGCUGGAGAUUGCUUCCGCAAACAGUACGAAGAUCAGCUUGGGUAGAGCAGAUGCAUCCUCCUUACCUCUAUCUACGUGGCCUGCUGGAGCAUGUAGUCCCACCUACAACUGCUGGAAUACGACACACACUCCCACACUGGUUUGGACUGGUGUGAGGAGAGGCAAAUGAAAAUGAUGUACCCUGUAACUGUCAGUACAGCACCCGUCUAUGAGGAAAUGACCUACAACUUGCCCAGACAUUUAGGUUUUCUUUUAGUUUGGGGGACUCGUUUUUGACAGCGUGUUGCCUUUUACUCCACAUAACCCCAAAUCAUUGCACAAUUUUUGUUUUCUUUUGGUCUUUUUGAGAAAUAUUGGGUUGUGUGGGGUUAUGGGGACAAUGUGUGAGUCAUAUUAUGCACAAUAUAUGAAUGUUGAACUUGAGACUUAAUGCCAAAAGAAAAGCAGUGGAGUAUAGUAGAUAUACAUAGUGCGCAAAAAUGUGAUUUAAGAAAAGAUUUUUUUCCGUCAGAUGUUGUAACAUUUAUCUAUCGAGAUGGAAUCUGUAGGAUGACGUGACAAAAGGUUUAUUGUGUAGGAUUUAUUUUUUAAAAUGCCUAAAGUUCUUCAUGAAGUGCCUUACAGUACUGUAUCUACAUUACAAUGAAGCUAUGCAAAACUUUUGUUUCUUUUCUUUAUUGUAUGUAAGUACAGUAGUUUUCCUGGAGCAGUAACAAGUAGCUGUCCAGAUAUGUAGUUUGUGGCUGAACACUUUCAUUUGAACGUGGAAGAAGAGCAUUGGGACGAUUUCUUUUGUUGCUGAAUGCAGCGUAACUGCAAAUGUUCAAGAUACACAGUGUAUAAAUGACACAACAGAAUUUCCUGAAGACUUUCAAACAAGAACAGAAAAAAAAUGAAUUGCUAUUGUAUGGCCAUUUGUAUGUAAUAGCUUUGCUGAUCUGUGCAUUUCUUUUGAUGGAAAAAAAAUAAAGAAAUUGAUGCA